UAGGAUACGGCCAAUGGGGGUGGUAUAGACCUCGAUAGGGGUAGCCUGAUGAGUAGUCUGGGCUAUGAUAGUGAAAUAUCCUGCACCUAUAUGGAUCCCAUAGACCAAACAUGAGAUUAGUGGAUGGAGGGGUUGGAGGGCGUGGAGGGUGUCGAACUUAAAGUGGACUUGUAUUAAAUGGGAAUACGCGCGUGUCUUUGGUUUGGUAGAUUAGUAGAUAUGAUGUAGAUAGAUUUACUUUUAUUGUAUGUGAUGGGGUAUGUUUUGGGUGAAAAGAAAAUAUGCAGUCAGAUUGACCAAGCAUUAAGAUGGGAUAGAUUAAGCCUAAUAAUAUGACCAUGCUUUAUAUAAUGUGUUCUAUAAGUAGUAAGAUUUAAAGCACUAUGACACUGCUGGGAUAAGAUUUUUUUUUGUUUUUAAAGGAUUCCGGUUUUAAAAAAGCGGUAUGAUGUGUAUGUGUGUGUGUGAAUGUGAAACUUACUAAUUUAUUUUAUACAAAUUCAAAAUAGAAAUGGUUUUAGUAAUAAUCAGCUCUUCUCCGCGAUUAAGUAAAACAAACACUGUUCGGUGUCAAUCAAGUUGUAUUUUAUCUCUGCGAAGUUCUACUUAAACUCAAGUCCACACGUUUUAUGGGCACCUUUAAUAGCGUGUUGAUAUUCAGUCCUCGGGUUGGAUAUAGUGUCGUUCCACAAAAACUCGAAAAUGUUUGAACUAAGCAUGUUUGGGGACAAUCUGGCCUUUAGCUUAACUUUAGAAAUUUUAGGGAAGCGAUAAUAGUUUAGGAAAAUCAUCCCUGUAUAGGAACUUCCAGACAGCAACAGCAAUUUGAAAGCUUGAAACAGCUUCGGUCGCCUCGGCGCCGCUUUUUAAGGAUCAGCUUUCAGCGAGCUUUCAGGCAAACUCAGAUACAUAAGUGCUUUACAACGCAACGAGCCCUUCCUUGACAGAAAUGUGUUUAUUUUUGUUUUUAAAUAUUUUUUCAGAAACGAUGAAAAAUGUGUUCCCUUUCAAUAAAAAUUUCGGUUUGUUAAUAUUAAACUUAUGAAGUGCAGUUUUUUUAUUUUCUUACUUUAAGAACAUCUGAGAUAGGUUUAAGCCCUUUUGUAAAUAAAUUGAAAGUUUAAAAAUUAAUAAUUUUGUAUUUUUUUCUAAAGCUUCCGUACAGAAAUAACUUAAUGACAAAAAAUUUAAGUAAUUAGUUUUUAAAAGGCGUUAACUGUCCUUAUGAAUGGUUCUGUAUAGAUUUUUCGACAUACCAAACUUCAAUCCAGUAGUUAGCUUGAGCGUCUAAGCGAAUUCUACCAAUCUUCUAGUUUUGGUAGUGUGGAGGUUUUUCAGUUGGUCUGUGUAUAAAUCUUACUUAAUUACCGCUUGAGAAGCUAUAUUUUUAAAUUCGUGUUCACCAUUUUACGGUCAUAUUACUACUUACUUAGUACUUCACGUUCAUACUCACCUAAGCGCAUUGGUUUUAUACUCGCCAAUAGUGUUUACGUUAUUAAGAAAACAUACGUAUGUACAAGUAAAAGAUUAACCCCAAGCCUUAGAAAUUAACAGCAACAGCAACGAUGUCACAAAUUUAUAAGGUCAUAUGUAGUAGCACUUAAAGCUUGAUUAGUAAUUUUUAAUAAAUAACGGUAACAAGCAAAUUAAAUAAAACAAACACACAUUCACACAAACACACACAUACCUAUAUAUGAAGGUUACAUUUGUAACUUUGCUUGCUGCAUGAGACCGAAUGUAAUAGUAUGUAAUCCCCUAAAAUUUUCCUCCUUCAACUAACAUGCACUUACCAACAACAACAACAACAACAACAACUACAACGAUAUAACAAAACGACGAAUAAAAAAAAAACACACACAAAAAAACUGCUGUCAACAGAGCUGGCGGCAUACGAACCCUGCAUCCGUUGCAGUUGCAGGCUGAAUGCACCGUAAUGCCCAGCAGUGGCUUCCAUCAGUUGCCCAUCGAAACGGAGCGCAUUGAGUUGUCCGAGGUGGAGUGCGAUGUGGACACUUUAAAGAAACUCAAGUUGGGUAUGCGCUCGACAUUGUGGUCGAGACCGUCGUCGACUACUUCACAGCUGCAACAGCAACAACAACAACAACAACAACAACAGCAACAGCAAGAUACGCGCUGUCCACCCCAACAAUCACAAAAGGGGCAACCACAAACGCAGUCACAUCCGCAACAGCAACAGCAACAACAGCCGGCGCGACAACAACAACACUCGCCUGCACCAUCACAACAAAAAUUGUUGAGUGAAAAAUCUGAUUAUUCGAUAUCAGUGUGAGAUUAGAUGUUGCAGCAGUUUUAAAAGUGUCGUGGCAAGUUACAUACAUAAGCUGCCACACAUAGAUAAACGGGGUUUGCUGCUCUAUUAACGGUAAACGAAUUAUAUAGUUUAGUGAAAAUGAGUGUAAAUUGUUGGCGUUUAGUGAAUUUAUUUUGUGGGGAUACUUAGUUUUGAGCGGAGAUAAGUAUGAACAAGCGAUAGUUUAUUUCUAGAGUAUGUAUCUGUGAAAGUGAGAAUGUGAAUGUUGGUGUUGUUGUUUUAUAUAACCUACAAAUAGUGCAUACCCUCAAGCUCCCAUGUGGCCACAACCUAACUUACUUAGAUUGAACCUCUGCCCCCCACAAAAUUACUUGCCCUCUACUUUGUUUUGUAUGUAUAUCAACCUUCCGCAUACAUAUUUACUCACAAUGGAAUACAGAUGAAUUUAAACUUUUGGACAAUCAAUCAAAAUUUGUACGAUACUUAAAAGCAAGCAUACACACGCACACACACCUAAUCCAAUCCCAUUUAUUGUACUUAACUUAUGUAUAAUAAAAAUAUUUCAUCCACUUAUAAAUGCGUUAAAUAAAAUAUAUAAGUUUACUUUGUGCAUGCCAACUUCAUUCCCAAACUCCAUGAAUGCUAAACCAGACUCUCUAAACCACUAUUUCCCCACCACCUACCCAAAAUUUAUUGCUAGUUGUAUGUUCUCCGAUGUUAAAUUACUACUAAGUUAACGAACAAAAUCAACCCAAGGUUGUAUAUGGGUACAUAUGUAUGUAAACUCGAAGUUACAUAUUUUUAUGCAUCUUUGUAUGUAAAUUUUUUAUAUAAAUUUAAAACAUUAUUAAAGAAAGGUAAGUUUUCAUAAUGGUCUAGAGGGUGUGAAAAAAAAAACUAUUAAAAUAAGUUUAAACUACUAUCAAAUGAAACCGAAAAUAUCUUUGAUUGUAAAUAACUGUAAACUAUAUGUAUUUUCAGUGUAAAUUGUUAAAAUGUUUCAAUGGUUUCGGAAAAAAGUUGGCUUUGAACUUACCAAAUAUUAUAUAUGUACAAUGUUUUCAGUUACAUGCAUAGGUAAAUAUAAGAGUUCCGAUGUACAUAGCUUUAAGUUUAGUGAAGUUGGACGUAUUACUAAAAUGUCUUGUUUGUAAAAGAGUAAAAAAAAAAACAAAUUUAAAUAUACGAAUAUGUGAAUAUUUAAUAUUUUGAGAAAUGUGCCAUAAACACAGUGACCAUAUUUAUGGCAACCGAAUACGGAACUAAAAAGGAUUUAGACAAUUUUUUAAUAAAACUAAAUUAUCUUAAAACUUCUUCGAUAAUCAUUGAUUUAUCAAAUAUUUUAGAAUUUCUCAGUAGUAACACACCUCGUGCUUCAAAAUCAUUUGAUAUUUUAUAUGAAAUAGGCUGCGGGUCGCAAUUGGUUUUGGUAAUUAAACCUGCUAUUUUAUGUUGGGAAUUUGGUAACGAUAUUUUGAGUAUCGAGUCUUUGUGUUUCGACAUUAAUGGGUACCCGAUUUUUUUACAGCGAUUCUUUAAAUGAGUACCAUGUCGGCUGAUAUCGUGGUCCUAUUUAGUACUACGCAAAAAUGAUUCUAAGAAGCUAUGUAACUUUGUACAUAGCUUGCCUGAAAUGUUUUCAUCCUUCGUUAGUGUGGUCAAAAUUUCAUUUGCUUUUUCGUGAUCCAGUAAUCUUUUCCAUGAACCGGAACUUUUUUUUCGAUCAAUAUGUAUGUAGGUCGGCUUUAAACCAUUUAACAGCCCGUGCGCUUUUUUUGCGGUAACACUCACCUCUCAGGUAAUUUAUUAAAAGUCCAAUAGGGUUGCCUCUGAAAAAUCGAAAUUAUAUUUUCUCGCAAUUCCAAUACUCGCAUUAAAUAAAUUUCUAAUAUAAAGAGAGGACAUCAUUAUUUAGUAUGACACAAAAACUUAACUUGAAUAUUUCCGCGAUACAAUAUGGCACAUUUUAUGAAGUAUGACGAACAAUUUACUUCGGCGCAGUCCCUAGUAUCACUCAAUCUUUGAUUUUUUUUAUUUGUAAGGGGUUAGUUGAAAACUUAAGAACCUCCCAUUGCACUCAGUUGUAACCCAUACAAAACAAUUAAAGUUAUUUUCGCACAAUUCUUUUUUUCGGAAACUUAAUAAGGGAGGCUGAUAUUUUCUUAGAUUUCAGAUCAGGCCGUAACUACCAUAACUACUUCUGUAAAAUGACCAACUGCAUGGAAAAAAAUACCACUCUUUUAUUCGUAACCAAGUAGUUAUGGGUCCAGUUAUAUUUUCUUUGAGUAACUGACAAGUACUAAUUGGAAAUAGUGCGGCUGAUCGAAUCGAAUUUACCCAACUCAAUCAAUUUUAUUUAAAAGAGUUUAGCGGAAGUUUUAUAUUUUAGAUACAAUGAAACGGAUACAUUCUGUCAACCUAUGUAAAUAUAUUUUUAAAUGGAAUACUUCAAAGCCAACUUUUUAUAUUUACUCAUAAAAAAAGAGUGUAAUAAAUUUACAAAUAUUGUAGAUAUGCAUUAAUUUGAAUAAUCGGAUUAAUAAGUCAUCCAAAAAUCUGUAAAAUACUUAAUUAUAGCAGAAACUUUGAAUAUUAUUUGAAAUAAUUACAACUGUCUGAUUCAGAAACGCAAUAGCUGAAGAUGUAAACACUCUUGCAAUAAUUGAUUACAUGGGGCAGACUAAUAUUUUUAAAUAUUAAGUAAUACCGGAUUUCCACUAGGCGUUGAAUGACAAAAAGUCAUAAUGCCAAACGAUAUUAAAUACAAAAGUCUUUAAGUCUGCCGCCACAUGCCACCUCAUUUUGUCAUUUCAAUGCGUAACGGAAACUCGUGUUUAUAACAACGAUAUUACUGGCAACUAUAGAAUUAUACUGCUAUUUACAUAGAAAAAAAUUAUAAUGAUUUCAACUAAUGUUCGUAGGUUAAAAUAGUAUUUGAUACACUACUACAUUUUUUUAGCAUAAAAGUAUGGAGAGGAAUUUCUCUUUAGAAACAGUUGUGGAUAUGUAUGCAUGUAUGUAUAUUAUUUAUUUUUCUAUGCUAGUCCAUUACGAAAGUGUAUUGAUAUUAAUUUUUGUUAAUUGCAGCUAAAGAAUUGAGAAAAUUAAAAAAUGUAUACUUUAUAAUGUACAAAAGCAACUAUCAUAAAUACAUACAUAAAUAUGUACACAUUUUGUGUGAUUAGUAUUUUUGUAAGAUACGGAUGUAAACAUCUUUGAGCGAAAUUACCAAUCAAAGCUGAUAAAAUUUAAGAACAAAAAAAAACAGUAUUAACAUGUUCGCAUUUAUUUAAAGACGUGUUCAUGCAAGCCAAUGUUUACACUUAAAAUUUUGAUAAGUACAUAUUUAGUUUUAAAAUUGAUUACAAAAAUUGUGAAGUUGAAUAACGAAACUACGGUGUAAAUUUAAAAACGAAUGGGAACUACAGCGGAACCGCUAUGUUUCAGUUGAAUGGAAAAAAAUACAAAAAUUUUAAGAAUAAAAUGGUUUACUUUUUUUAUAAACAUUUUAUUGUAAAAAAAAU